CGCAUUGGUCGGUCGGGUACCGAGGGGCACAUUUGGUUCGUUGGAGUGUCCAACGUAAACACGUUCGUGCUUUCUUCUGAGGAUACGCCCGUCUGGGGAAGCAACAUUCGCAUCGUUCCAAGCACAACAGCACACCUUAACACCACACAACAAGCUCCACAAUCCACAGCCCUACGGCAACGAAUCUUCCGGACCUUCGCCAUGCGGUUGUGGAAACGUACGACGUCGGGUGUGCCACCACCACGCCGUAGACGCCGUGGUGGACGGGAGGAGCGUCUAGCGAUAGGACUACUGCUCACGCUGGCCGUCGUGUGGGGUACGGUACUCGUCGGUACCCUCGUGGCCCUCGUCGCGUCCCCCACCAAAUCCGUCCCGACGUUUCCCACGGUACCGACCGAUUCACGACCGUCCGCCGCCUUCGUCGUCUCGGACGCACCCGGGGCGUACGAAUCGCCCUUACUCGUCUUUACCUGUCGACGAGAUCAAUAUUUGCGCGAAACAUUGCGGGAUAUUUGGAACUACAUUCCGACGGAUUGUUCGGUAGGUUGUCCCUUGGUAAUUUCACAAGACGGCAACGACCCCGCCGUCCAACGUGUGGUACGCGAGUUUACCGACGAAUUCGCCACCAAGAACGUCCCCGUGGUCCACUGGACGCAUACGAGUGCCUUGCGCGGCGGCACGAACGGCUACCAAGCCUUGGCCAUUCACUACGGUUGGGCCUUGCGAAGAGUCUUUGACGGACAAACGCUGUCCGGGAGCGUUCACGGUGCGAAGCACGGGACGCCAAAACGGGUCAUUAUCCUCGAAGAAGAUUUGCACGUGGCACCGGACUUUUUCGACUACUUUGCCGCCACCGCGCCCCUUUUGGACCACGAUUCGUCCCUCCUGGCCGUUUCGGCCUUUCACGACAACGGCUUUGCACACAACGUUCGGAACGCAUCCAGAAUAUUGCGGUCCGACUUUUUCCCCGGUCUCGGAUGGAUGAUGAACCGACGGUUAUGGGUGGAUGAGCUCCAGUCAAAAUGGCCCGGCGGAUACUGGGACGACUGGUUGCGGGAACCGGCACAACGGCAAGAUCGCGCAAUUCUAAGACCCGAAAUCUCCCGCACCUACCACUUUGGCACCGAGGGUGGCACGAGUAGUAAUCAGUUUGGGUCCCAUUUAUCGAAAAUACUGCUCAACCGUGAAACAGUGGAUUGGAGCAAGGCAGUGGAUCUGGAAGCCCAACUGCGACCCGAAGUGUACGACCCGGCCUACUGGGCCAUGGUGCAAGCCUCCACAUUGACGUACACCAUCCCAGACGCACUCGAGCAGGCCAAAAAAAGUAACGCGAGAUUACAGUACACCACCAUUGAGCAGUUCAAGUACCUCGCUCAUAAACUGAAACUCAUGGCCGACGAAAAGGCCAAUGUACCACGGACGGCAUACAAGGGAAUUGUG